CCUCCUCUUCCUAUCCGCAUCAAACACACAGCCACAAACCUGCGUUGUAUGUACGCGAACAGUAGCAACAGCACGAACAAGUCUUUCUAAUGGCAGUAUAGUGUGUGAGUUUUGUCAGCAACUAUUCGAGAAGCUUUGGAAACCAUCGCAUGUUAAAACCGUGACACGUCCAGUUAGCAGCUAGCAAGCUAACUAGCUACUUUUAUUCCUAGUAACGCUGCUAGAAAAUGGAGCUACUGCCCAGCAAAACACUGGCCACAGAUGCAUGUGCCUGGACAGAAAAUCCCCAGUUUAAUUAACCAGUGUGGAUGUUUUCCCCCUCGGAGUGGGAGACGACAUUGUCAUCGGAGAGUUUGACAGGAGUGAAAUAUCCCCCCAAUACUGUACUGCACUUGGGUUUUCUCCUCCAAACCGAAGCAAGAUGGACUCUCAUUCGGCUUGUCUGUCUUGUCAGAGCUCAGAUCGACAUUUUGCACGGAGAUGAAAAUGUGUGCUCAGAGGCAGGAGCACGUUAGGUCACCGUCAUUGCAUGACAAAGGCUGUGGCAGAUUCAUCUUCAUCACUCAUACAGCAUUUCCAUAGUUUUUUCUUCAGUGCGGUAGUACCAUGAAGGGUGGAGGAAGGGGUAAGGAGCCACCUGUUGCAGGGGAGGUCACUGGCAAGCGCCCCAAACGUAAAUGCCUGCAGUGGCACCCACUUCUCUCCAAAAAGGCUCUCGAUUUUUCUGAGGAGGAAGAAGAAGAGGAUGAAGAGGAGCUGGAGAAACAGCCAGUGCUGUGUGGCCAGGAGCAGGGCUCGCAGGUGCAAUGUGGAAGCACAACAGAGGAAGUAGAGGAGGACUCGAAUGAACAGCGGGCAAGGCGGCCUAUGAAUGCCUUCCUCCUCUUCUGCAAACGCCACCGUUCCCUGGUGCGACAGGAACACCCUCGCCUGGACAACCGUGGGGCCACCAAGAUCUUGGCCGACUGGUGGGCUGUGUUGGAGCCCAAAGAGAAGCAGAAAUACACAGAUAUGGCCAAGGAGUACAAGGAUGCGUUUAUGAAGGCAAACCCAGGCUACAAGUGGUGUCCCACCACCAGCAAACCAGUUAAGAGUCCUUCCUGUCAGCCUGUCAGCAACCCCCGCAAAAAAGUUUGGUCCUUCUCUUCCAACUCCACCAAGGACUCCACCACUGCCAAAAAAGUGCCCAAAACUGACAGCAUGCCACAGUUAAACUUUGCCAUGGCAGAUCCUACAAAGAUGGGAGGCCUUAGCAUGCUGCUGUUAGCUGGGGAACAUGCCCUCACAAACAGAGAGAUCCCCUCCAGCACUAAACCUAGUUUACCUGACACCGCCAGCGAAGGGAGCUCCUUUCCAGGGGAUGAGGAAGAGAUGUUGUCUGGGACAAUACCGAACAGAGUGCCUGACAUUACUGAAAGUAGGGUCAAGUCUGCCCUUUCCCCACUGGCAGAGUCAUCUCUCUCUGCGGCACCUGAAGGAAAACCAUGCAGACAGUCUGCUCUCUUUCAGCUUGCUGAGAUGUGCUUAGCGUCUGAAGCUGGAAAGAUGGACACAGUCGUAUCUCAGCCUGAGGACAGCUCCUCUUCAGCCUCUCUCCAGCAAACUACAGUCAAGGAGGAGCUCAAGGAAGAGAAAGCAGGCACUGACGACUGUCCUCCUUCCUCUCACACAUCGGCCCUCCUACCUUUGCUUUCCUCUGUCAGUUCUACCUCCACUGAUGCCAUUCCCCCGCAACUCAGCAGCCAAAAUGCACGUGUCAAAAACAAGAGCAAGAAAAAAGAGGUGGCCAAGGUAAAUGAUAACGAUGACAUCCCCUGUUCAGCAAAGAAGAUCGUCAAGAAGUGUAACCAUGCAGAGUCAAACGUGGACAGCAUCUUCAGCACCAUUGAGGCAGUGGCCAAAGGGGCCUGGAAGGACACAGAGGAGAAGCCCAAGAAAAAGAUCCAGAGCAGUCCUACUGGUGGAAACUGUGGUGUGUCCAAAAAGAAGAGUAAGCCCAAAGUCAAGACCUUCGUCAAAGAAAAAGAGGAGGAGAUGGAGGACGACAGCGGGCAGUGUGGGCAGUACACUUCCUCUGAGGUGGAGAUGAAGGAGGAGAUGGCUGACGUCAGUCCCAAGGCAGAAUCAGAAGAAGGAAGUAUAGGAAACACAGACCUCCAGGGCAGCAUGGCAGAACCUCAUUACUCCCCGGGCAGCGCCUCACCUGCUAAGCUCCGAGAGGAGGACAAGGGGAAGGAGAGGUCAAGCGAUGGGACCUUUGAGUCCAACACAGAGAGCCGCUCCGGCUCCAGGAAAUCAGAGCGGAGCUGUAAAGGCGCCUUGUACAAAACUCUUGUUUCUGAGGGAAUGCUGACUUCACUGAGAGCCAAUAUUGACCGAGGUAAAAGAGGAGCUUUACGUGCUUCUGAUCAUGAUGCAAACUGGAGUGACGACAGCUGGACAGUUGCGCAGAUGGGACCUAAUAACCCCAAGAAGCUGAAAAAGUCCAAGUCCAAAGAUGAAUCUUCACAGGGCCUAGGGAAACUGGAGGAGGAGUUUGAAAGGAAGUUUAACAGCCUGCCACAGUAUAGCCCAAUGACAUUUGACAAGAAGGGGACAGCUGUCACAAAGAAGAAGAAGAGCGAUAGCUCCACUGUCCAAGAGGAAGUCUGUAAAGCCGGAAAAGGUUCAUCUCCAUCUCAGAAAAAGACUUCAUUCCACAAGAUUGUUAGGAAGCACAAACACAAAAAGGAGAAACCAGGUGCAGUGGACAAAGCAGUGGUACAGAGUGAUUCUAGCACGCUGGAUUCAGCUUCAAAAGCCAAAUCAUGUGCCCCUGUUGCCAUAAUGUGCCCAGAUGUACAGGGCACCACUAGUAUGGAGAUGCUAGUUGGUAGCCAGAAGAGGAAGGCAAGGAAGACCAAGAUCACACACUUGGUGCGCACAGCUGAUGGCAGCGUGUCUCCAGUUGAGGAGGACAAAACUAGGGACCCGACCCAGGAACAGGAUAAGAAGCCAUUACCCCAACAGAAUUUAUGCAAUGAUAAAGGGUGCUACAGUAAUCCCAGAGCAGAAGAGGCAGAGAGGAGCACCGUACCGCAAGAGCUACCUGCUUUCUUCAGCUUGGCAGCCCUCGCUGAGGUAGCAGCCAUGGAAAAUGUUCACAGAGGUCAGAGAGGCUUGGCUGAGAGUCAGAAGAAGGAGCUUACCCAGACUCCGGUCCUCAUCUCCUGCGCUGAUCAGUGAAACUCUGUUGCUGUUCUGAGAAGCCACAACAUGGACAUUGGCAGUGGAGCUUUAUUUCCUCAGCGGUAACCCCACGCUAAAGGGACACUUGAUCAGGAAGCUUUGGACAGACUCCACCUUCCCUUUGUGGUGAAUUUGCUUGAGCUCGGGUUCAUGGUGGAGGAAAGAGAGCCUCUCCUCCUCCUUGCUCCUUACUAUCUCAGUGUUUUCCCCCGAAGCCUUCCUUUGGUUUGAGGGAGGAUGCCUUUCUGAACUCCUCUCCACUCCCCCCUUAGAUGCUCUGUUAGGGCCUGUGAAAGAACCAAGCUGCCCCCCCCAGUGCAUGGCUUCCCUUAUAGAGAUGGUUGUCAUGGGUUUAUUGUACACCGUUUUGUCAAAUAGAGGCCGUUUUUAAGGUCUUGCGAUUUAAAAAUAGCAUUUUAGGUAGGGCAAAAAAACCCAACACUGCAUUCGUUUUCUAGACGAACACAGCUUUCUGUUACCUUUUUACCUCACACACGCCUACUGAAGAGUUCCCUCCACCUCUGGUAGAAUACCUCUGUAUUUGACUAGCUCUUAUCCCGUCUAUUCCUUCCAGCUUCAACCCAAAAGAACUUUAACCAGGGUAAAUGAUCAUGAUGGAUAGACUUCCAUUGCCAACUACUUGCUUAGUGUUUCCCUGCGGUACACUGAUGUGGUGUACUCAAACUAUGAAGAAAUCAUGGUUGAGUAUUUGAUGUGUAUGUUAAGAUGAUGCUACUGUAAAACAGUAUGUGGUAGCUGCAAAUAAUCAUGUUAGACUGAAUGUGUAAGAGUAGACCUGUGCAGACCCUUGCAUCUGAACUAGAGUUGACUAAUAGCUGAGGGUGUUUGUCCUGUUUAUCCUUAAGUAGUAGGUUCAAUGUCCCCGUCAAGCUUAUGAGACAGUAGGUCGGCUUAAAAACUGCCUCUCGUGAUGGGGAUGUUGUGUGAAAGUGAUUCAAAUAUAGCCUUAACCCUCCCUCCUAGACCCGCUUUGCCACCACAAAGCCCUCAACCAGCUUCUUGCUCAAUGCCAUCACAGUCCUGAAGUCAGUGUAAACAUUUUUGAAUAGUGAAAUGCAGUUUUUUUGUCAAUACUUGAUCUUAUUGCAGUUUGCGUAGCAAAUUAGAGAGGUUAAUUCCUUGUGUGCAUCUUAUUUCACAGAAAAGUGUUUUUAUUUUUGUUUAUUACGUAAACACUGCACUAAUUUGUAGCCGAAGUUUGAGUUGCUCUCGGAAGGGUAAUAAAAUGCCUUGUCUCCACCAGUCACAGUGGUCUUACACCACAGCCUCUCAACAGUGUCUUCAAUGUCCUCCGGUUCUGAGGAAGAUCAGGAGUUUGUCAGUCUAAAUGUUUUAUGAAAUUUUUUUAUCUACAUGUCUCAUAAAAUGAGCAAUUUGGAAAAAAAACUAAAACACAAUACAGAAAUAAUUGAAAUUUUCUGCCUUUUUCUGAUAGAAAAACAUAAUAUUGAUUUAAUGUGUGGGAUCACUAUGCUAUUGUUCCUCUCAGAGCUAAUGGAGACAAGGCAUUUGAUAAUAAUUUCCCCAUUUGUUUCCUAUUGGCCUUUUGAGAUUGUAUUGCCAAGUAAUGGUCUACUCAGAGGUCACAUGUAAUCAGUGUGUUGAUUUAUUUUUAUCAUUUUUUUUUUUUUUUUAGAAGUAUUUAUAUUUAGAUGCGACUUUGUGUUCUUUAUUUUAGCUUUGUUUUGGCAAUGUUUGGUCAGAAUCAUUCCAUUUCCAUGCCUCUGUCUUGGCCAUACUUUUGUUUACAGUUUAUCAACUGUAGCAGUGAGGGAAAAGUAAGAAUUGAUGCAGUUCAGCUGCAGGUUUGUUGUCUUCAGAGAGAGAGGGAGGGGGAGAGAGAGAGAGAGAGAGAGAGAGAGCUGGUUUUGAACCUGGGCUGCUCCGGGUAAGGAGCUCCAGGCUAAUGGAGGUUAACUGAGAGCUACACAGACUCCCCAGCAAUACCCCUCACCUCCUUACCCAGCAGCCUUUUGUUCCUCUGUGUAGACCAAUACUUAAUUUAUCAAAUUUUAGAUUCAGUCACAUCUCUAUGUUUAAUAGCUCUUUGUUUUCUAUUUGAUCAUUCUUCUGUUAAUGUGUGUGCUUUGACGAUGUUCUUUUAACUAGGUCGUCUUUAUGAACUUCAAUGGGUUUUUUUCCUGAGGUCAAGUUUACUGGAUCAAGAAUGUUGUUUAGAAAGAUCAAGCUCAUAGGUGAUGAAUGCAUCAAUGCUUAUCUGCUAAGCAAAAACAGGCACUGAGAUAAAAAUGCACCAUCUCUUGACAAUGAGCUUGCCUUUUCACCUUUGGAGGUGUGUAUUUGACUGCGACUGCAUCAAUAUUUCUUGGAUAUGUGUUAAGAUGUGUUCAGAGUGCUUUUGGACACUAGACAGGACAGACAAAUAAGAAAUGAAUGGGUCCUAGAGAACUCAUGCGUCUUGAAAUAAUAUUUUUCCUAAAUCAAGGCAUUGUUACAUGGUAAUAAUGUUUGGCUUAUGUAGACCCUUGUGUGCAAAUAGAGCAGUACAUGCAACAAAUCUAUAACUCUUCUCUAAAUUUGUCCUUUAAAUCUAACAAACUAACUGCAAAUGUUUCCCAGUUAAGCUUAGGGGAACCACAGUAUGCUUUACGAUAAUCCGAAUAAUAAACGGUAUAUAUAUUUUUUCAGAUAUGAGAGAAGUUACAUCAAGGAUGAUGUCAUCCGAGCAGUAAACUGUAUAGUUCUUUCACUGGUGGACAUCAGUGUGGUUCUUUGCAAAGACAAAGAAAUUGUCUUCCCCCAAAACAGAGAUAUAUUUGCUUAUAGCAAGUGAGUUUAUUGACAUUUGCCAAAGAAAAGGAAAAGGUAGAUUCAAAUGAAAAUCCUGUUUUAAAAAAAAAAGAAAAGAAAGCUAUUAGAACAGUUGCACUGCAUUUUCUAGGCGUAACUAUAUCUUCAGGUAACUAUCAGCACAAUUCAUCCUGUGUAUCUAAUGGGAUUUCCUUGGUGUUUGAGCCCAGAAGUUGGAAUGAAGUGCAACAAAAGGGCACCACUUAAUGCCUCUUUUAAUAUACAGUAUUUGCACCUUAUGACCCAAACCAAAAUGAUCAUGGUCUUUGAAGAAAAUAUAUAAUUUUUACCCACUCUAUGGAAAUUAUGCAUUUUAACUAUUAUAUAUGCGAGAAUCCAGUCAAUAACAAAUCCACACAUCUACCAAACAGCCAUAAUACUGUCAUUCCCCCAUCCCCUCACUUUUUCUAUCUAGAAAAUGCUUCUAUAAAGUUCCUAUAUUAGUUACCUAAAUGACUAUAAAUACCCUUUUGUGCUAGUACUGUCUUCUUGAAUGUAAUCAUUUUGUACCUGUAUUUUUCUAAUUCAGUCUUGAUUGUACUGUAUGUAUGCUAUGAUGGUAUACUGUUCCUUAGGUGCAUAGUUCGUUACAACCAACAGUUCUCAUGACAGGAUAGCUGCUGCGCCGCGAACUCAGUGGAAAUGUGUGGAGGUUUUAAGUCCAAAGGACUCCCUGUACCUUGUGAGCAUCCAUGAGACUGAUAACUGAGAGAUUCUUGCAUUGUGAGAGGUAGGACAAUAGCUUUCCCUGGUUUGCUACUUUGUUUUUUUUCCUUUGCAGUAAAAGUGAAAGUAUGUUCAGGACAGUUUAUAAAACAGGGACGCUCCUGCAAUCAGAUAGAACAAUUGAAUGCUUGAGUUUCAACAUAUUUAUUACUGUUCCUUUUUAUAGGUUUAGCUGAAUAAAAAACAAUAAAAUAUACAACUGAA